CUACUAUGGCGACAAGAGUUUGAAAUGAGCAGCAGAAAGUCUAAGAAGCGGUCUGCCGCUGAGAUAGAGGCGACUACAUGCGCGGAAGACGGCUUCCUAAGCGGUGUGAACGCUCUCAUUCUCGAGCCGAAGCUAGGAAAGGCGAGAGCGGAGAUAUUGGCCAAACAGCUGGCGAGAAACGGCGGCAAACGGCACGACCGACUGCAACCCGACACGACGCACGUUCUCGUCGACAACGACGUUACAUACAGCAAAGCGACGUCUCUAAUCGGAAAGCCGGAAGCAGAAAUAUCACGUGACCUACCGAUUGUCCGCGCUGAUUGGCUGAGCUCGUGCCUCACCAGCGGCACACUGACCGACCACAGACCGUUUGAGAUCACAAAAUCAUUACAAAAUAGUAAAUGUGGAGACAGUGGCAUUCGAACUAAUUACAAAGCUGAGGACAUUCCAAGUGACCUGAAAUUGUCACCCAAUACAUCACCCUUAAAGAGCCAAUCAGAGGCAUCGUCGUCAUCAGCUACCACAACUCCUGACAAGAUGCGUGAACGUCAGGCAAGUGAAGGGAAAUAUUUAUACGGUUGGAGACACAAGAAGGAAAGUCCGAGGAAGAAACUGAUGGACUUGCUUGACGACGACAGCGAUUACGUCGAGUCAGGAGGCGACGAUGACGACGAGUUGGAAGGAUCGAGGAUGGAGAGUGAAUUGGGGGUGGAUGGUUUUUUGAUUGGGAGUACGGGUGGUGUGACCGGUUUGCCUGCUAAGAGACUGAAAGGUAACUGGGCGUGUGCUCAAUCGUCUACGGUACGACCAGAGAACAUAAACAAACACAUAACAGACAAGUUAGAGAUUCUAGCGAAGAUGUACAAGAACACGAAGGAUCAGUGGCGUGCUAUGAUGUACACGAAGGCGAUCACUGCUUUGAAAAACCAUCCCAAAGAAGUUACGUCGUAUGAGGAAGCUCUUGAGAUUCCUUUCGUCGGAAAACGGCUGGCCGACAAGAUCGCCGAAAUUGCAAGCAGCGGCCACCUACGACGGCUCAAUCAUUUAGAUCCCGACAUCGACGCCCUCGAUCGUUUCACAAAAGUGUGGGGAGUCGGACCAACUACAGCUCGGCAGUGGGUGGAUCAGGGACUAAGAACACUCGAGGAUCUAAAGGAGAAAGGAAAUGUAAAUCGGCAGCAGCUUGUCGGUCUAAAGCAUUACGACGAUUUUAUAGACAGAAUUCCACGUGAAGAAGCAACAGCCAUUGGAGACGAAGUGAGGCAGGCCGCUCUCUCUAUCGUUGAUGGUCUUGAUGUCGAAGUGUGCGGCUCGUAUCGUCGUGGUAAGGAAACGUGUGGCGACGUCGACGUUCUGAUUUCUCAUCCCGAUGGUCGUGGACAUCGCGGUGUCUUUAAGCCACUUAUACAGAAGUUGACAGCGGCAGGAUUUCUGACCGACGAUUUGGUUAUACAAGAAGAUGGUACACACCAGAAGUAUCUUGGUGUAUGUCGAUUGGCCGGCAAGGCCCACAAGUAUCGUCGACUCGAUAUCAUUGUGGUGCCUUACUGUGAAUGGGCUUGUUCGUUGCUUUACUUUACUGGAUCAGCGUAUUUCAAUCGUUCAAUGCGUCUCUUUGCUCAGAAGAAGGGUAUGCAGUUAUCACAGCAUGGCUUAUACACUGGUGUCCUUCGAAACGGAAAGGAGAUCAUCCACAACGGCAUCUCACUCCCGUGCUUCUCAGAGAGAGACGUUUUUGAGCAUCUUGGACUCAACUAUCUCAAACCUCACGAGAGAGACCAAUAGCGAGUUAUACAGAGCAGCACUUGUAUUGUAUGAGAAUUUUAGAUUUUGCUACAUUUUUCAGUGGUGACAUGUAAAGUGAGCAAUAUAUAUUGAUAUUGAUAUCUUGGUUGAUAUCAACCAAGUGAAUGGGUGGGUGCCAGAGAUGUAAUGUAGGGAAUUUGAGACAAUGACAUGGGUAGGUAGACACGAUGGGACAUGCAGAUGUUGUGAUG